AUGGGUUUUCCAACAUUUGGUAAUCUUUAUCAGCAUUUAUUGUUAGUGUUGCCUUUCACCUCAGUGCCUGAAAGCUUCAAUUAUGAUAAUCCAAAUGAAUGGUUCCAGGAAUAUCCACAGUGUAUUGGGUUUAAACAAUCACCAAUAGCGAUAAAUACACACAAAUCUUAUAAUGUUAAUUUACCACCUUUAAUAUACGGUUAUUAUGAUGAUCUCUUUGAAGAAUUAUUAUUACUAAAAAAUAAUGGACAUACAAUUGAGUUUGAAAUACCAAAAACAAUACUUGGUGGAAAACCUUUCAUUACUGGCGGUUUGCUCUCUUCUAUAUAUGAAGCUCAAGCAGCACAUUUUCACUGGGGUUCUUCUCAACAAAAAGGUUCGGAACAUAUGUUAAAUGGCAAACGUUAUGAUUUAGAAAUGCAUAUUGUUCAUAAAAAUAGUAAAUAUAAAGACCUAAAGGAAGCUAGAGAGUAUGAAGAUGGCAUAGCAGUAGUAGCCGUUUUAUUUAAAGUAGUAAAGUCACCUAACGUGUAUUAUCCUGCACUUAAUGAUAUAUAUAAUACACUCCCCCAAUUAGUGCAUUACAACUCUUCUUCUAGCACAUCACAAUUUCUUACCUUAGGCGCUUUACUGGGUAACAUUAAUCGUGAAGAUUAUUUCACUUAUAAAGGAUCAUUAACUACACCACCGUGUUCAGAAGCCGUAACUUGGCAUAUAUUUCCAGAGGUUGUGCCAAUUUCAUAUUUAGAAUUACCAAAAUUUUGGCAAAUUCUUGAUAAAAGAGGUCAAUUGCUGCUGAACAAUUUUAGACCCUUACAACUGCAAGAACAUCGUAAAGUUUUUCAUCAAAAUCCACAUUUAAAUCAUAUAUUUUAA